GAGAAGAAGUGGACUAAAGAGGCAGACACACAGACAGUGGAGAAGCUUAUUAUUAGUACAAGGCGGGCAAAACAGUGGAGGAAAAAAAAAACAACAGUAAAAAAUUCUGCAAAUGGCAAGUUAGGGUUUCGAAAUUCGCAUCAACUCGAAUCCUUCACUGAGUUUCAUACUGCCGUAGAUCAAGAGGACCCAUCUUUAUACGACGUAGUUUUUCUCGCCGGACUUUCCACUGCAAAUAUGUUGGACUAUCAAUGGGGAAACCAGACCUCAAUUAUGUUAAUUGGUGAUGAACCCACUCAGGAAUCGAACCAAAGCCGUCAGAUUUUCGAACAUUUUACCUCUCAGCAAGCCUUCACUGACAACACUCACCACCAUCAACACCACAACAACAGUUUUUUCCCUCAACCCAGUAAUAAUAACGCGUUCUUCCAACAUCAACACCCUCAUAAUGUUCAUUCACUCUUUGAUCCACGCGUAUACGGUGGCGCGUCUUCCUACGCUCCCUCGCACCACCCGUCUAUGCUUUCCAUGGACCAUGUGUCUGCUGGCCAUGGAGGUGAAGGGGGGUACUUUGUUAUUCCCAAAAGUGAAGAAAUUUCUCGUCCAAUUGAUUUCGCUUCCAGGAUUGGGUUGAAUUUGGGUGGAAGAACUUACUUCUCUUCAGCUGAUGAUGAUUUCGUGAACCGGCUUUACCGUAGGUCCAGGCCAGGCGAACCCGGUUCCUCUAACUCACCUAGGUGCCAAGCUGAGGGCUGUAAUGCCGAUCUGACUCACGCUAAGCAUUACCACCGUCGUCACAAGGUCUGCGAGUUCCACUCCAAGGCCUCCACCGUGAUUGCUGCUGGGCUGACUCAGCGUUUCUGCCAGCAGUGCAGCAGAUUCCAUGUUCUCUCGGAGUUCGAUAACGGAAAACGCAGCUGUCGAAAGAGAUUGGCGGAUCACAACCGUAGGCGGCGGAAGUCUCAGCAACCACCAAACCCAGAAGGUCAAAAGCCACAGCCACUUGAAACUGCCAGUAACUUGUCUGAGAAUCUUGCAAGGUCACCUCCAGAUUCGGGAAUUCAUUCGUCGUCAUCGGUGACAGUUGCUGUAUCGCCGCCACGAAUGUCAUUGGAUUGUUUCAGGCGAAGACCUUACCACCACCAAGCAAGUGCAGCUUCAUCUUCAGCUUCACAGAGCUCACUUUUUUUCUCUAGUGGGUAAUUACAGUCACUGAUAAAAGGUCCAAGGAAAUAGCUACCUAGCUUAUCAAUCAAUAACAUAAUUAUGAACUGUCCGCUUUCUUUUUCUUUUUUGGUUCCUGAAGUUUGAAUGUUUACUCUUAAUUUCUUACUAGUAAUAUUAAAAAAAAAAGGAAAAAAAUUAUUGAUUGA